AUGGAACACCCACGACUGAAGGAUUUUACGGAGGGAUAUGAUGAUGAUCUCCUUGCUUUGCAAGAACAGUUCCAGAGGGAAGCUGCACUGAGCAAGCCAGCUGCGAAGGUCCUGCGAUCGAGCUCCUCAAGAUCACCACCCAUCAUAAAACCAGCAACAUCCGAACCACCACCCUCCGAGGCACCUAAACGCAAUGUUACGUUCGAGCCCACCCAAAACUCCGAACCCAAAAUCGAGCGCUUCCGCUUCAAUCCUGUCGACCAACCCGUUCCAGUCCCCGUGAUCCCCUCUGCACCCGGCGGUGGCUUCUCGCUCAUCAAGGAGAUCGUGGAGCGUCCGACAAGUAAGGAUGUCCGUGCGCCUGAUGCGAGUCAGAGUCCGUCGGGUUUUCCGGAACCGAGCAAGAAGAAGACGUCGUUGUGGAAGCAUCGGCAGGAAGCGAAGGCGAAGGCAGCGGCGGUCGUGGGCGAGACCGCUACUCCUCCAGCUGCAUCCGCUACGAAAGAGAAUCAGAGCGGUAUUGGUGCCGUCGGUCCAACGACCCUCGGCGGACUCGGACCCCGCGUCGGGACGCAACUCGGCGCCGACGCCCUAAUCCGCGAAGAAAUGGAUGCCGAGAAUCGAUUGAAGCUAGCCGAGAUGUCAACAGACGAGAUCAUGGCAGAGCAAAAGGAACUAAUGGAACGUUUCGGACAGGGGCUGCUGGAAAAGUUGAAGAACAGGAAGAAGGCGAGGAUUGUGGAGACGGGUGGGGAUGUGCCGGGGUUGGAGGUGAAGUUGCCCGAGGAAGAAGAGAGAGCGGCGAAGCCAGUGACCUUCGAUGAGGUGGCAUUCCCGGGCGACAUCGCCGCCGCCGACCCAGCUCUCAAUCCCCCACCACCCCAACUAUCCUCCGAAAGCGACCUGCCGGAAUCCAUAAAGGCGCACUUCCCCCAACCUCCCCCCUCAACGACCGCCCCAAUUCCUGAAUCCGCCCUCCUCGACCCCAACGACCCAAACUUCACCGAGGAACUCCACGCAAAGUACUUUCCCAAUCUCCCCCACGAUCCCACGAAACUCUCCUGGACACUCCCUGCCUCAAAGGAAGAAGAUGAAGGGCAGUACCACCCCUCGCAAGACAGCGUUCUGCCGGCUGAGAUGAGGUUCGAUUUCAACGGAAACCUCCUCAGCCCGCGUCAAAGUCGAGAAAUCCCGGUGAACAUCGGAUUACACCACCACGGCGACGCACCCACCGCAGCAGGCUACACCGUCCCCGAACUAGCCCACCUCGCCCGCUCGACCUUCCCCUCCCAAAAAGCAUUCGCGAUCCAAACUUUGGGACGCAUUUUAUGGAAAAUCGGCUCCGGAGUGUAUGGUGACGAAAUCGGAGGGAUGGUAUGGGAAAUCGCGGAGAUUGCCAAAGCGACGGAGAUUAUUGAUGCAGAAGCGGCGAAGGAGGGUGGACAUUUGACGGUGAAGGCGGUUGCUGUUGAGGCGGCGUGGAUGUGGACGAAUAGCGGGGGGAGAGAGAGAUAUGGGAGGAAUUUGUCGCGGUAG